AUGGCCUCCUCCACUUUUAUAUACGGCCUUGUAGGUGCCACAGCCGCUCUAGCACUGUAUUGGCUGCUCCAAAUUGGCAAAAGGGAUCCUCGAAUGCCUCCUGGGCCUCCUACAGUCCCGAUCCUCGGCAACAUGCACAUAAUUCCCACCACAGGCCUUGGAAAGAAGUUCAUGGAAUGGUCUCUGCAGUACGGCAAGAUCUUUUCUCUCAAGAUUGGCUCGGGCAAUAUCAUCGUCAUUUGCGAUCGCAAAGCCGUCCAUGAGCUUCUUGAUAAGAAAGGAAGCAUCUACUCGGAUAGGCCUCCUAACAUCGUCCCGCUCUUCAUCACGAGAGGUGACCAUAUGACCAUGGAGUGUCAGAGUCCUUCUUGGCGAGAAAAGAGAACUGUCGUGACGCGUAACUUGAACCCUAAGUCUUUGGAUGAGAAGCACUUUAGGGUUCAGGAGACUGAGGCUGUUAUUCUGAUGAACCGUCUUUUGGAUGAUCCUAGCAAUUUCUACUCGUACUCACGCCUGUACGCAUCUUCUGUGGCUGCUAUACUAGCCUGGGGUUUCCGAGCGACGACUCUGGAUUCAUUCUGGUACAAGGAUGUCUCCGCCAUGAUUGAAAAGUGGCUCGAGGCAAUUGAACCCGGUGCUACACCUCCUGUCGACCUCAUCCCAUGGCUCUGGUACAUCCCCGGGAAAUGGAAAUCCCGCGUCUACAAGAUGCGAGAUCACAUGGACAAAGUCUGGAGUCAAGCCCGAACAAUGGUCGACGACCGAAGAUCUAGAGGUGACCGUCGCGAGUGCAUGAUUGACAUGAAGUUGGAUGAGUAUGACAAGAAUGGCUGGCCCAUGUCGCAGCACGCCUUCAACAACCUUUUCGGCGAGUUGAUGGAGGCGGGUGCUGAUACCACGGCAAACCAGAUUCUUACUCUGAUCCUGGCUUUGGCAAAAUAUCCUCAGUUUCAAGAGAAGGCAAGAGUGGAAAUAGAUGCUGUUUGUGGUACGGAACGAGCGCCUGUCUUCUCGGACUUUCAGAAGAUGCCUUAUGUCAAUGCUAUCGUCAAGGAGGGACUGCGAUGGAGACCAACUUCCGAUCUAGGCCUGCCUCACACCGUCACCAAGGAUGACUACUACGAUGGAAUGUUGAUUCCCAAAGGAAGCACCAUCUUCGUCGGCGUAUGGGCCAUGCAUCACGAUAAGGAUUACUAUGGAAGUCAUGAUACCUUCGACCCUGACCGCUACCUGUCUCAUACAAAGCUAGCAAACGAAUACGCCGUGGGUCCAGAUUAUGAGAAAAGAGAUAAGUCCGUCCCUUCAGACACAAACCACGUAGCUAACAUAUUUCUCCACAUCACUACGGAUAUGGUGCUGGGCGACGUAUCUGCCCUGGGAUUCAUUUGGCCGAGCGGAUUCUCUGAACCAAUUGAUCCUGUAACCAAAAAGGCCCAGCCCCUGGAUCCAGAUGCAUAUACAUCCGCGAACUUGCCUAAUAUCAUGAAAGGCUGCUCAUACUGUCACCGAACGUUCCACAAGACAGAGCAUCUUCUUCGUCAUGAGCGGUCGCACACAGGGGAGAAGCCAUAUCGCUGCGACACAUGCGGUCGCGGCUAUGCACGCAGCGACGUCCUGCUUCGCCAUGUCAGAUACUUCCACCCAAACAGUGACACCUCACAAAGUGAGCGCCGAAGAUCCGACGUCUCAGCGAACGAUAAAAGCCGUCAACGUCGACAAAGCGUACUGGCCGAUUCGAUAAAUGUGUGUUCAAUACCGGCAACAGAGCCAGAACAAGGCUCAGAAGUCGAGAUCGAUCAUCAGAAAGAGCAAGAACAAAAUCACAGGCGAAAUCAUGGCCACCAGCAACAGGAGGAUAACUCUAUCACUGUCGAUAAUCCGAUGGCGCAGUUCUCAACGUCUGACCUCGAUGCGUUGGCUACAGUAUCUAUGCUCCAGGCUCUUCACGAGCAACCGACAGAGUCAGCGAAAUUGGCCCUAGAAGACUCCUUCGAUACUGAUCGUCCACCCACAAACCAAUCUCCUGCCGUAGGUCAUCAUGAGAGUGAACUAUCACCAAUGAGCUUCUCGCACCAUAUGGUUGAGACGACAUUGGAGACAGCGACCCCAACCUUGUUUACCGCCAAUGCCGAGUUUCUCAGCCCUGGAGUGUCAUUGAGUACCAGGGCAAAUGUCUUUCAUUCUCAAAAUGCUGUCUCGUCCGCUACUUGGGGUGCUACUGAAGCAUCCCUCACGUCGAUGAGUAACACAGAUUUGUUGCAUUACGCUGGGGCUCUCGAACUCUUACAACCCAACCUCAGUCAUUUGGACUUUCUCGACUUUAGUCUCGGCGAAACUUCCCCAGGCAUCCGUGGCUCCCAAGCUUCGAGCAAUAGUGUCGACCCUGUUAGUAGUAUCCCGCUCGAGCGCUUCGCAAGGGUCGCAGCACUAUGGCCCAGAAACAGAACCCACUCUGCCAGCCAAAUUGCCUCAAAAGUCUGGGCCGACGUGGUAAAUUAUCGCGGUGAUGGUAUCUUCACGGAUAUCUCCAUUUCUGAAUCAUCGCCAAGUUCUACCAUCGGCACUGAGAAUGAAUCGAGAUGGGGAAUGGACGAGGAGAAACGACAGGACCUCAUCCGCGAGUUCGGUUCACCUGGCUCUAGUGUUGACUUUCUACCGGCGCGGCUACUAAAUCUUGGCCUCACCAUCGCCUUUCGACAGCCCCAUUCCCUGGUACCUUUUAUACACCAACCAACCUUCUCAGCAAAGUCAGCUUCCAACUCAGUGGUAUUCUCCUUGUGUCUCCUGGGGCUGGUCAUUCUAGACUCGUCAUACGUGAAACCUUUCACGCAACACUAUUUGCCAGCAGCUACUGAGAAGUGCUGUUCUCAAUUGGCGACACCAUCAUUCGGCCCAGAAGGGUCAGCACAGCUCGUUGAGCGUCUCGCAUCGGCGGCCUUACUUUUGAUGGCUUGGUCAAUAAGCGCACCACAUCUUGUCCAAAUGUCAGGAUUGCUAAUGCCGCGAGCCUCCUCGUUCAGUAUCGACAACCUUCUCAAGCAGGCGAACUCGGCUAGACAUGGCCAAGACCCAACGCAGAGUGAUGAUUGGGCAUGGAAGGCAUGGGCUCGAACAGAGAGCUUCAAGAGGUUAAUAUCCACACUAAUAAUGAUCGACGCCUGGUGGGCCUCCAGACUAAGCACAGAGCCACUCAUUUGCACUUCCGUGGUGCAAUUGGAGAUGUCAACAUCGAUUGACCUGUAUCGGUCCUCAUCAGCAAAGUCAUGGAGAAGCUGUCGCAAUGCUGGCACCAGUGCAACAACAGAACCUGUCAUAAUACGAAUGCACGCUCCUUCUAUCACAUUGACCUCACUCCAAGAGACUACGCCGAUUGGAAUGACUGGCUUGUUGUCUGUCAUCUGGGCGCGCAUCCUUCAACAUCAGCAUCAAUCGAGGGGAUUGAGACUACCAGACGAUGGCAAUGGAGAGGAUACCACCACGAGUGUUGAUGCAUCGACUGAGACGGGUAGCAACAUGUUGCGUGUGCUCGGCGACAUCUACACAAACUAUUCGAGGUUUCUUCGCUAUAGGAACCCCAACUGUAUCGCACAAUGGCACUUCCUCAACUUAAACCUUCUGGCGAACCUAGAAAUAUUCGAAAUGGCUUCUGGUCGCAAUGGAGCUGAAAGCGCAUACGCUGCAUUGCAAGAAAUCGCCAACUGGAGUCACAGCCAGUAUGCCCGGCGAGCCUGUCUCCAUGCAGCAGGAAUCUACGUCGCAAUGAGUCGCAGGCGUGCAAACGAUGGUGUCAUGCUUCACUCCGACAUGUCCUUAUUCACAGCUGCGCUGGUACUAGGGCUUUAUGUCUUCAUGAUGAAACCGAACGAUGUGCAUACUAAUGCUGACACAGAGUCAUUUGAGCUACUCAACGAUAUUGACUGGACAACUUUAUGUGACCCGAUGUCGAUAGUGGAUAAUGUUGGAGAUAAUACUGCCCGUCAGUUUAUACAUAAUGGAGGAAUUAUUAGCUUCUCGGGAACAGUGUGUGAAGCAGGAUAUAACGCUGCCAAGAUGAUCUUGCUCGAGUUUGCGAGCUUACUAGAGGAGGUUGGGAAGUGGAAUGCGAAGGAACUGUGCCAUAUUCUGAGGAUAAUGAGCGACUCUUUGAUCGAAGUCGACGACCGUUUGGGUGGCGAGUAG